AUGGAGGAUGUUGUCCCAAAGAUCGAGUCUGUGGCACAAGCAGCUGUUUCCCAAGUUCUGCUGCACCGGCAUCUGCUUGUGGAAGGUCUGGCUACGUCGCUUGUGGAAUUCCCGAAGGAGGUGGAUGUUGUCCUGGAGGAUAUCAGUGUGCAACAAAUGGCUGCAUUCCCUCCGCAGGAGUUACGGAUAGUCGAACUUGUGGUGCGAACUCAUAUCUUUGCCCAGCAUCCCUCAACUAUGGAUGCUGUUCUUCAGGUCUCGGCUGUGCGCUCAAUUCAUGUUAUGUGA